AUGAAGGGGCCCUCAUCCACCAGCAGCCUCCUGCUGCUCCUGUUGUUCCUGAGCCCAGACCCUGGAGGAGCAUUCCCACUGGCACUCAGCACUGCAUGCUGUACUCAGCUCUACCGACAGCCACUUCCAAACAAGCUACUGAGGAGGGUCAUCCGAGUGGAACUCCAGGAAGCUGACGGAGACUGUCACCUCCAAGCCUUCGUGCUUCACCUGUCUCAACGCAGGGUCUGCAUCCACCCCCAGAACCGCAGCCUGAUUCGGUGGAUUGAGCGCCAAGGGAAGAGGCUCCAGGGAACUUAG